AUGACGGCUUUCUUUAGAAAUACGAGCUUCCAUUUGUGGUCUGUCGUUUGCUUGACCGUCGCCGCAAAUGCGUUGUUGCUGAUGGAAGUUUUCGCGUUGUUGGCGAUUGUCUUCUCGAUCGUCAGCGCCUUAGUUCUCUUUUCGUGGCGGUAUCUUCGACGGCAACCGUCGGCCUCUUUGCCAAAGUACAAUCUUCUUCCGCCGAUGAAGCGGCAAGACAUGACCCUGCAACAGCUGAUGGAGUACGAUGGCAAGAAUGAGAACAAACGACUUUUGAUCGCUGUCGAUAGCAAGAUAUUCGACGUGUCCAGCAAAUCAGACCUGUAUGGCCCAGAUGGUCCAUACGGCUUGCUGGCUGGACAUGAUGCAUCUCGCUCCUUAGCCACAUUCACCAUGCAUCCUUCUGCUGUCAAAGUGCAGUACGACGACCUUGCCGAUUUAACGGCGAGCGAAAUUAGCAGCGUUAGGGAAUGGGCUGCGCAAUUUGCACAGAUGUAUCCCUUCGUUGGUCGCUUGUUGAGACCCGGUGAACAGCCGGAUGUGUACAGUGAUGAUGACGAUGAGGAAAAUUCUUCUCAGGACGAAACUGAUAAACUUAGCGAUAAAUCACAAUUAACGGGGAAGAUGUUUGUGCUUUAA